AUGGCCCAUGUGCUCAUAAUCUUUUUUCACCAGUCCGAAUCCGCGAAGUCGUCAUCGAUCAAUUCCAAACCCGCCCCAACCACUCCUGGUCCCAUGCCGACUGGCACCAAGUGCCCGUUCAUGGCUCAUGCAGAGAAGUGCUAUGAGUUGGCGAAUCCCUCUGUUCGCGAGGCCGUUGAGCGCGAGGCGGCCGAGCACAAACGUGAGCACCAGCAGUGCCACAAGUCUGAUGCGGCCAUGAGUUCGCAGCCCACGGCCAAGGCUGAUGCCCGCACGCAUCUCAAUUCAGCCUUUCACCCUGCACUGAAGCAACAGGAAAAAGACCAUGCCUCGAAACCUGGUAGGGAGAAACAUCGCGGCAAGGGUGCUAGGGCCGCACUUAGGGAAGAUCUCCGAGCCGCGCUAUUGGCACUCAGACGGACAGACAGACAGAUGCCAAGUGCUUAA